CGCGCGGGGGAUUGGUGAUCGGCCGGGGUACGUUUCGUGCGGGGCUCCCCAGGGGCCGCCCCGCGCGCGCGAACGACAAAAAUGUUAAGCAAGUGGAGAUCUUAGCACGUCGCUGGCCCAUUGGGCCGGCGAAUUUACCAAUCCAGGGCGCCACUGUUGUCUCGUGACCGCGCGCCAUCACGCCUCACCCUCCUUCUCCUCUUCUCCUCCUGCCCAUCUCUCUCGGCUCAGUUCGGCAGCGCUGCGGUACGCAGAGGCUUCCGACUUUGCAUGGCCCCGCUUCAGGGCAGCCAGUGCCACGCACCAGCCUGGGUUGCAAUGGGCCGUUCUUCUGCAAUCGGGCCUGUCGACUUGAGGCACGCACAGACGUGGCUUGACAGCCGCCUGCGCGACCUGAACGAGGACGACUUCGAGGGAGGCCUCCGCAUUUUCUGCACCAGCAACCUGGUGCCUCCGGAGGCCUUCCAAGACGUCUGGCACGUGAUCUCCAGGGACUCGGACAUACGCGAAGGUACACCCCUGCUCAGCGGGGAGGACUCGGCCCAGCUGCACACCAUCCUGGUGUUCUGCAACCAGAACAGUUGCAACGAGGUCAAGAGGCUCUGUGACAUCAUCACGAACAUAGAUACGGGCAGCCAGGACGCCCCGCCGAUGUUCUGGGUGCCCCACUCCGCUGCGCCUGGUUCCCAACGCCAAGACAACUCGGACUUAGUGAGGCCAGAGCUGGUGGGUGAUCUCUUGCACAAGGGCCUGGACGGCAUCGUGUGCGGCGAGCCAGCGGGGCUGCGACUCUCCAUGGCCGUGCGCUCGAUGAUCCGCAAGUCGGCGAGCCUCUCGCGGAACCUGACCGAAAUGGUCGCGGAGACCCGCUCGCGGACGCAGUACGCGGAGUAUUUGCAGCAUUGCGCGCACGCGACCCUGUGGGACUACGUGAGGGCCCGCCUGGCGCCCGAGAUCCCGCCCGUCGACCACAACCUUGAGCCCGGAGAGCCGCAGGAGCUUCCCGGCUACAUCAUCGGGAACAAGCUCGGACAGGGGAUGUUUGGGUCUGUCUACAAGCUGACGGAGGGGCCCGGGGUGGGCAACAGGGUCCAGGUUGUCAAGGUGGUGUCCACUGAGGCCAUCACGGAAAUCAGAGACUUGAUGUACCUCAACCGCAUGAUCCGCGUGAUGCAGAUGCUGAGCGACGAGGAAACGCGUCACCCGAACAUUAUUCGCCUUCACCAGACAUACCACUCGCCGACGCACAUCAUCUUUCGACUGGAGUACGGGGGCCCAGAGAACUUGUACCGCCGCCUGCACCACCGCCAAGCACUUCAGCCGGAGAAGCAGCGACCACUGAGCAUCGACAGGGUCGUGAAGAUCGCCUCGCAGUGCGUCGAGGCAGUGUGGCACAUGCACGCAGUGGUGCAGGUCUGCCACCGCGACAUCAAGCCAGAAAAUAUCAUCGUGAAUGAGACACCCGAGACCAUCACCAUCAAGCUGGCCGACUUCGACCUCUCCGUCAUCAUCCAGGACGACAGCAAGAUGUGCCAGAGCCCCUGCGGCACCGUGCCCUUCGCCGCCCCAGAGGUGCUCCGAGAUGGUCCCGCCUUCGACCCCUGCCCAGCGGACAUCUGGAGCCUGGGCGUCGUGCUCGCGGAGGUAUUCUGCGGGGUGCGUGUGGUGGAGCUCGCGAUCAAGGACGCAGAACCAGAGGUGCGGCCAGAGGGCGAAAACACAACGUUCACCGAGUGCAUCCAGACCUUCUUCCAGAUGCCUGCCGCGGUUGCCAACAUGCUGGAGAAGAGUUGCCGCCCAGAGCUCCGCUCACUGCUGCCCACCUGCAGUGCGAUGCUCACAGGGAUGCUGGUGGUCGACCCCACUCAGAGGAUGGAGGCCGACGACGUCCGCUCCGUGGUGGAGCAGGGCUUCGCGCCUCUGGCCCUGGGGCCCGUCGCGCCCGCGGGGCCGCCGGCGCCCGGCGGUCGGCGGCGGCCCGCCCCGCCGCGCGGAGCUGCGGAGGGCGCCCCGGCAGCGGGCGUCACACCGUGAGGCCCUAUACCGCCACGCCGCGGCGGUGGCGCGGCGCACGGUGGGGUGGGAUCCAGGCCAUCUGUUAGCAGUUCUUUUGCGAGCAGCGGGACGCGCUUGUCUAGUUACCCCCUGGUCGCAAGUCAGGACCAUAAUAUAUCAUGUUACGGGCAUUGGUUGCCGUUUUAAUUCAACUUGAGCCGAGUGUGCUAAGAAUGCUUUUUCGAGAGCCCGGCGACCCUUUGGGUACACACGUCAGGCCGCCAGGGUUCUCACGCAGGGCGCAUAGUGGAGGGACCCGGAGGCGAGAGUGGGUUCAGAGUGGGCUCCGCGGCAAUGGUAAUCGAUAUUCGUUUUUUUCCCAGCCUUGGCGUCGUUUGGUCAGAAGCCUCCACGAAGCUGGUUAAGUUUCAUACCACUCUGUUGCAUUUUUACAAUACUACGCUGGCAUGGCUGGCGCAGCGCUGGGAAACCACUUUGCCGGAAAGUGUGCGCAGCUUUCUAGGCCUCGCUUUGAAUUUUGAAUUACUUGUGCUUUCUGAGCAGUGCUUGCAUUGAAGCGUUGUUCUGUCUGUCUGGCGGUGCGCGGCGUUACGACCCCAUGAGGAUGGCCAUCAGUGUUGUCAGAUGACAGGGUCCCCGUAGGAUUUCUUGCUCCAGCUCCCUGCAGCAAAUCACACCACCGUGCCAGCGAAGCAUGGAAAUGCAUGCAGGGUCAUCUUGGGGGCGUCUGGGAAGCGGCGCUACGGGUUUUGAUUCGC